AUGGCUACCAAAGAUAUUGACCAAUUUGUUGAUGAGAAGGGGACAUCUUCGUCUGGCGAUGUCCAAGUUUUUGAUGUGACAAUUGACGAGCACGGAGACAUUCCUACGGAAGAGGAGAAGGCCACCCUUCGCCGUGUGCCCGGAAGCCUUCCUGUCGCGGCCUACUUUCUUUGCGCUAUCGAAUUCGCUGAACGUGCAUCCUACUACGGCAUCUCAUCUUUGAUCAGCAAUUUUAUUAAUCGGCCAAUGCCUGUAAGUGGAAAUGGUUAUGGCGCCCCCCCACGCGGAACUCAGCAAACUGCCGGAGCACUCGGUCUAGGGACAGUCAAGGCGAACGCUGUAAAUCAGUCGUUCAGCAUGUUGGCGUAUGGUCUUCCGCUUAUCUUUGGCUACAUAUCGGAUGUGUAUACCGGACGCUUCAAGCUUAUUUGCUGGGGCAUUCUUGUUUUUGGCAUCGCCCAUGUGUUAAUGGUCGGCUCUACUGCGCCAUCACUUUUGGCUAGCGGUGGUGCUAAAAUCCCAUUCUUCAUUUCUGUAUAUAUUCUGUCUAUCGGCACUGCUAUGUUCAAACCAAAUAUCGCGCCGCUACUUCUUGAUCAAAACCCUCAUACGGUACCCAAGAUAAAGGUCUUAAAAAGCGGCGAAAGGGUCAUUAUUGAUCCUGAGGCAACUACGGAGAGAACCAUGACCUGGUUUUACCUCAUGAUUAAUAUUGGCGGAAUGAUGGCAGUGGCUACUGCAUACUCAGAGAAGUAUUUUUGGAUCCGCAAACGUCUCAUUCUCUUCCCACCAGGAGGCAGCGACCUUCCUAAUGUCUUCCGUGUGCUGGGCAUUUGUCUAAGGCACGGUGGUAUCAUGAAGAUAGGAAGACGCGGAUUUUGGGAAUCUGCUAAGCCGUCCGUUAUUGCGACCCGUGGACUCAAUAUCCCUACUAGGUGGAAUGAUGAAUUUGUUGACGAUGUUCGCCGUACAUUCCAAGCUGCGGGCAUUUUCAGUUUCUUCCCGAUCCAGUAUCUUAAUGAUAAUGGUAUUGGCCAGGCUGCGAGCUUUUUGUCGACAAUGUUGACGACUAAUGGGGUACCCAACGAUGUUAUCAGCAACUUUAAUUCAUUGAGUAUUAUCUUAUUUGCUCCAAUUAUUAACUAUGGACUCUACCCACUGUUACGCCGCCAGAAUAUCCAUUAUGGCCCAGUCGCUCGUAUCACUACUGGCCUCGCUAUGUCCACAAUAGGCGGCAUGGGAUACACUUUGCUUAACUACUAUGCAUACAAGUUGGGACCGUGCAAAGAGUUUGGUACGAGCAAUACCUGCGUUGAUGCGAAUGGCGUCUCUUUGGUUGCUCCUAUUACUAUCUGGUGGAUAGCACUGCCAUAUGCCAUUGGUGGUAUCUCUGAGCUAUUUAUCAAUAUUCCGGCCUAUGGUAUAGCUUACUCUCGUGCCCCAAAGAAUAUGAGAGGCUUGGUCAUGGCCCUCAAUCUCUUCAACACUUCAAUCGCAUAUAUUAUUGGCCUGGCUUGCUCGUCAGUGAUAAAGGACCCCUACUUAACCUGGGAUUUUGGUGGACCAUGUAUCGCAGGAGGAAUCCUUACUGUUGUAUUCUACUUUACGUUCCGCCACAUUGACAAGGAAGAGUACACACUCAGUAAGAGCGGUGACUAUCAUCUGACGACAGAAGUAUCGGGUAAUAUCGUCACAGAUACGGUGCUGGAAAAGUCUAAGGGUUCUCUUCUGGCUGUCACCGAGGAUGAGAAACUUGGCAUCUCCCCAAAGAUUUAG